AUGAACGUGCAACGGUGCAAUCUGGCGGCGCGGCUUGCUCUGAUAGCGGUGCUGCUUCAGCUCAUAUUGCUAUGUAGUACGUGCAAUGGAUACAUGAUAAUAGCAAGCGAAAACGACGAACCGGGAAAGGUGCUGUUCAAUUCUUCCGUCUACAAGCUCGGCUCGGAACGGCAGUACAAGAUCAAUGCGCACAAAUCGGCACACUACGUGCACCAUCUGCUGCGGGUCGAUCCGGAAAAUGGGCAAGUGAGCCUCAAGCGAAAGCUCCAAUGUGAUGGCAUCUACUAUCCUACACUAUUUACGUUUUACGUCGACUCUACCUCGAACAGACUGCGUAGUAUAGACUAUUACAGUUUACCGAUAAGGAUAUUUAUCGUCGGGCGCAAUUGCUCGGACGAGGACGAAACGGUAGCGGCCAGUUUCCGGAAGCUUUUCGAGGAGGAUGAUACCGGCUACCAUCAUCAUCAGCACUACCAGCGUUACAAACGUGACGCCGUGUAUCGCUUAGCAUCCGCCGCCGAUACUCCUCUUCCGGCAAGGGAAGAUGAGGCCGACGAGAACGAUCAACGCAUGUAUGGGGAGUAUUUGGGCGAUCGGUUCCAUUACUAUCGCUCCGAGUAUCCGUGGCUGGCAGCUAGGACCGUCACCAACUACACGACAUUUCGCGAAGGAGAUGUGCUGUUCGAUACCGUGCUGGAGAAUGAAUAUCGGCAUGGAAUCAUUAUACGGAAGCGGCGUGAAAUACGGGACCUGCCAGCAGAUCGCAUUCAUCGCAAAAUUGCCGAUGCCAAGCAGUGGAUCUCGGAAACGUACGCUUCGUAUGCGAUCCACACGACGGACAAGUGGAAACACAUUUGUCUCAAGAAGUCGCAGUACAUCAACUCGAUUAGUGCAUUUCUACCGAAAACGGUGCUACACCACUGUUCCGUGCGUUACUUGGAUGUGAACGAUGAACGGUUUGAAAUUGAAACGCGUACCGGUGAUUUGAUUGCUACGGGCGAUCUGUGCAUUCCGGAAACGCUUUGGAAAGUGAUCAUAACGUACAAUGUGAGAUGUGAUCGGAAGGAUAUUAUCGAUGCGGAUCAUCGGCUAAAAAUUGUGUACCAUCACCAGGAACUGAACGAUACCGACAUAGCAAAGCGCGUUCGUAGGGAGUUGCGAAAUCAAAGUCCUUACUUCGAGCAAGCCCUGUAUGUGGCUUCAGUGCUGGAGGAACAACCGUCCGGUGCAAACGUGAUCACAGUGCGGGCCCGUGAUCCAGAGGACUCGCCGGUAGUGUAUUCGCUCGUCUCGCUGCUUGAUUCACGGUCCCAGGCCAUGUUCAAGGUCGACUCUCGCACGGGCGUUGUCACCACGUCUUCCACGCUCGAUCGGGAGCUGAUGGACGUGCACUACUUUCGCGUUAUAGCGACCGAUGAUAGUUUCCCGCCACGUUCUGGCACCACCACGCUGCAGGUAAACGUGCUCGAUUGUAACGAUCACACACCAACGUUCGAGGCGGAACAAUUCCACGCUACCGUGCGCGAGGGAGUGAGCGUCGGCUCGACCGUAAUAACGAUACGUGCCACGGAUCAGGAUAUAGGCAAAAAUGCCGACAUCGAGUACGCCAUCACGAGCAUAGUGGGAGAGAAUCAAGAACCGACAACGUCGACGAUGGCGUUGGAUGGAGGCAAUGGGGCAAUCCAUCCGGUGGAGAACGACAGCAGCGAUUCGCAAAAAUUCCGCAUCGAUGCACGCAGCGGUACGAUAUCGACACGCAGCGCACUGGACCGGGAAGUGUCGGGCAUGUACACGAUUAUGGUAACCGCUACCGAUAUGGCCACACCGCAAACGGAGCGCAAAUCGGCCACCACGACGGUGCUGGUGAAAAUUCUGGACGACAACGACAACUAUCCGCAGUUUAGCGAGCGUACCUAUACGGUGCAGGUGCGUGAAGAUCAGUGGGCGAAUGAAAACAACGUGGUUGCCCAUAUUCAAGCUACGGAUGCUGAUCAAGGAAAUAAUGCUGCGAUUCGCUAUGCAAUCAUUGGAGGAAACACGCAAUCCCAGUUUUCCAUCGACUCGAUGAGUGGCGAUGUGUCACUGGUGAAGCCGUUGGACUACGAAAGUGUGAGAAGCUAUCGGUUGGUGAUUCGUGCUCAAGAUGGUGGAAGUCCUUCCCGCUCUAACACUACACAGCUGCUGGUGAACGUCCUUGAUGCGAAUGAUAAUGCUCCACGAUUCUACACUUCGCAGUUUCAGGAGGCCGUGCUGGAGAGCGUGCCGGUGGGAUACAACAUCGUGCGCGUGCAAGCGUAUGAUUCCGACGAAGGAACAAAUUCGGAGAUAACGUACAGCAUACAGAACCGGGACGAUGGGAUGCCACUGGCGGUUGAUCCACGCACUGGUUGGAUUCAUACGACAAAGGGGUUGGAUCGGGAAGAGCAGAGCCGUUACAGCUUUCAGGUGGUGGCUGUUGAUGGAGGAAUUCCUCCGAAAUCGGCAAGCACAUCGGUUAUUGUAACGAUUCAGGAUGUGAACGAUAACGAUCCGACGUUUAGUCCCAAGUACUAUGAAGCGAUGUUGGCUGAAGAUCAACCACCAGGUACACCGGUGACAACGGUAACAGCCACUGAUCCAGAUGAGGAUUCGAGACUGCAUUACGAAAUAACUGCGGGCAAUACACGAGGACGGUUCGCAAUCACAUCUCAAAAUGGGCGAGGUUUGAUAACGAUUGCGCAACCCUUGGAUUAUAAACAGGAGCGCAGGUUUGCUCUAACCAUAACUGCGACCGAUAGUGGACAACGUACCGAUACGGCCAUAGUGAACAUAAACAUCACGGAUGCGAAUAACUUUGCACCUGUGUUUGAGAAUGCCCCUUACAGUGCAUCCGUGUUCGAGGAUGCGCCCAUCGGCACAACAGUACUGGUCGUGUCUGCUUCGGAUAGCGAUGUAGGUAUCAAUGCGCAAAUCACUUACCUUCUGAAUGACGAGUCCGUCAAUGGAUUGGGUGCGAACGAACCAUUUACCAUUAAUGCACAAACGGGAGCCAUCAUAACGAACGCAAAGUUGGAUCGCGAAAGUACGAGUGGAUACUUGUUGACGGUUACGGCAAAGGACGGUGGCAAUCCUUCGCUCAGUGAUACAACUGACGUGGAAAUCAGUGUGACGGAUGUAAAUGAUAAUGCACCGGCGUUUAAAGUGCCACUGUAUCAAGCAACAAUACCCGAAGAUGCCUUAAUCGGAACGUCGGUGGUACAGAUCGCAGCUACCGAUCUUGACAUGGGACUAAAUGGACGUGUGAAGUACGCUCUCAGUCAGAAGGACAUGGACGAGGGUUCGUUUGUGGUGGAUCCAAUUUCCGGUGUGAUACGCACGAAUAAAGGGCUCGAUCGCGAAAGUAUUCCCGUGUACCAUCUGACAGCAAUUGCAAGUGAUAAGGGCACACCAACAAUGAGCAGUAGCGUUGAGGUGCAAAUUCGGUUAGAUGACGUGAAUGAUUCGCCACCUACAUUUCCUUCGGACAAGUUGACAUUAUACGUGCCAGAAAACAGUCCGGUAGGAUCGGUGGUUGGAGAGAUAUAUGCACAUGAUCCAGACGAAGGAGUGAAUGCGAUCGUACACUAUUCGAUCAUUGGUGGAGAUGAUUCGAACUCCUUUUCACUUGUAACACGACCCGGGUCGGACCGCGCACAGCUGCUAACGAUGACGGAACUCGAUUACGAAUCACCGCGCAAACGUUUUGAGCUGAUCAUAAGAGCGGCAAGUCCACCGCUUAGAAACGACGUGUAUGUGGAGAUACUGGUAACGGACGUUAAUGACAAUGCGCCGGUCCUGCGUGAUUUUCAAGUAAUUUUUAACAAUUUCCGCGAUUGUUUCCCUAGCGGAGUGAUCGGGCGCAUUCCGGCGUUCGAUGCCGAUGUAACGGAUAAGCUUACGUACCGUAUCCUAUCCGGAAACAAUGCAAAUUUGUUACGCUUGAAUAGUUCCACCGGAGGCCUAACGUUGAGUCCUCAGCUUAACACGAACGUGCCCAAAUUUGCCACGAUGGAAGUAUCGGUAACCGAUGGGAUAAAUGAGGCAAAAGCGAUCAUGCAGCUAGUCGUACGGCUCAUUACGGAGGAUAUGCUGUUUAAUUCGGUAACGGUUCGCUUGGAUGAAAUGACGGAGGAAGCAUUCCUAUCGCCGCUACUAAGCUUCUUCCUUGAUGGGCUAGCGGCCAUCAUACCAUGCCCGAAAGAGAACAUCUUCCUGUUCUCGAUUCAAGAGGAUAUCGAUGUAAGUGGAAAAAUCUUGAACGUCAGCUUCUCGGCGCGCAGACCAGAUGUGGCAUUCGAAGAGUACUACAGUUCGCAGUAUCUGCAGGAAAGGAUUUACCUGAAUCGGGCAAUAUUGGCGCGAUUGGCAACGGUUCGUGUGUUGCCGUUUGAUGAUAAUCUAUGUGUACGUGAGCCAUGUUUGAACUACGAGCAGUGUUUGUCGGUGUUAAAGUUUGGUAAUGCGUCAGGAUUUAUACACAGCGAUACGGUUCUGUUUCGACCGAUACACCCGGUUAAUACGUUUGCUUGCAAGUGUCCGGUAGGAUUUACGGGCAGCAGAGAACAUUACCUUUGUGAUACGGAAGUCGACCUGUGCUACUCGGAUCCUUGCCAGAAUGGUGGAAGCUGUGUCCGUCGCGAGGGAGGUUAUUCGUGUGUCUGUACGGAGCAGUACACCGGUGUGAAUUGUGAAACGUCGAUUGCAGGUUUGAAACCGUGCAUUUCGGAAGUUUGUGGCGAUGGUUACAGUUGUCUCACUAGUGGACACGGAGGACAUUGGCCGCCGUAUACAAAAACGUGCGAAUUGAUGUCGCGAUCCUUUACGAGAAAUUCAUUCCUCACUUUCCCAGGAAUGAGACAACGACAUCGGUUCAACAUAAGGCUGAAGUUUGCGACGGUACGUGACAGUGGGCUGCUGCUGUACAAUGGACGUUACAACGAACAGCACGACUUCAUUGCUCUGGAAAUCAUCAACGGGAAGGUAAUAUUUUCCUUCUCCCUUGGGGAUAAGGUAGAAACGGUGACGGUUAACCAACAGCGUAAAGUAUCAGACGGCAAUUGGCACACGGUGGAGGUGAAGUACUUCAACCGUACGGUGUUACUCUCCCUCGAUAACUGUGACACUGCAACUGCACUAGCCGGCCUUGGAGAGCGCUGGAAUUGUGCAAAUCAAACGACGCUUGUGCUGGACCGACGAUGUGCCUCAUUAGUGGAACCUUGUCAUCGAUUUUUCGACCUAACCGGUCCACUACAGAUCGGUGGUUUGCCGAAGAUUCCGGCCUACUUCCAAAUACGCUCGCACAGCUUCAUCGGUUGCAUUUCGGACUUGUACAUCGACCAGCGAUAUGUAGACCUGGGAGCGUACAUUGCUGAUAAUGGCACGGUAGCAGGUUGUCCACAGAAAGCAGCAUCAUGUGCAUCGGAACCAUGCUUCAACGGUGGCACGUGUCGCGAGGGUUGGGGCGAAGGAUGGGAGUGUGACUGUCCUGACGGUUUUACAGGCAAUGCGUGUCAAGAAUCGGUUGCAUUGCCAUGGCGUUUCCAUGGUGACGGGAUAUUAAGUUUCAAUCCAUUGCUGCGUCCAAUACAGCUGCCCUGGCUGACUGCAUUCUCGCUGCGAACUCGCAAACGUGACACAUUUGUGAUGGAAAUCCAGGUUGGACAGAACAGCUCGGCGGUAGUGUCCCUGCGUGAUGGUAUCCUGCAAUAUCUGUAUAACGGUGAGCCAUUGCAGUUAACCGGUGCAGACUUGGCAGAUGGUCGAUGGCAUCGUGUGGAGAUUAAGUGGAUGGGUACGGAGGUUUCGCUGACUGUCGACUAUGGUCAACGAAAUGGUGUCCUUCCGGUGACGCAAAAGGUCCAGGGUUUGUACGUGGGGCGAAUUGUGAUUGGUGGAUUGGAGGGAACGAUCGGCCAGCAUUACGGAGGUCCGUCAGAAAACUACGAAGGAUGCAUUCAGGAUGUUCGAGUCGGAGGUGUGCAGUCCGUGCUGAAGCGUCCAACAGUGCGCGAGAAUGUACUGGACGGGUGCGCUUCGAAUGCAAAGUGUCCCGACGAUUGUCCCGAAGAAUCGACCUGUGUGAGCACUUGGGAUGAUGCGUAUUGCGAGUGUUUGCAUGGAUAUGUUGGCAAUGAGUGCAAACCGAUCUGCACAGUGAAGCCCUGCUCGGAUAAUGGCAUCUGUCGGGCGGACACGAUCAACACUAAGGGCUAUCGGUGUGAGUGCAACAGUAGCUUAAGCUCAGGAGAGUACUGUGAGAACACGGUUCAACAACCAUGUCCUGCUGGAUGGUGGGGCGAACGGAGCUGUGGACCAUGCAAAUGUAAUAUCAAGCAGGGCUAUCAUCCAAACUGUGACAAAAGCACCGGGCAGUGCUACUGCAGGGAGAAUCACUAUCAACCGGUUAACGACACUAUUUGUCUACCAUGCGAAUGCUAUACGGUAGGAUCAUAUGGCAAGUCUUGUAACAGCUCGGGUCAGUGCGAAUGUCGCGAGGGAGUCAUCGGUCGGCGAUGUGAUUCCUGUUCGAAUCCUUACGCGGAAGUUACCCUUAACGGUUGUGAGGUUGUGUACGACGGUUGUCCUAAAUCACACUCGGCGGGCUUAUGGUGGCCCCGUACAGCGUUCGGUGAGCUUGCCGUGGAAAACUGCCCGGCGCCAGCGAGAGGCAAAGGUACGAGACGCUGCGAUCAGGUUCAGAGCGGUUGGGGUACGCCCGACAUGUUUAACUGCACUUCGGAAGCGUUUUUAGAUCUUCGCAAGCAGCUAUCGCAAAUAGAGGUCGACGGACUGGAGCUGAACACAUUCAUUUCGGUGCAAGUGGCGGCAAAUCUACAGCAAGCCUGCAUCAGCGUCGGUGGACAAGCUAACGAUAAUGAUGGGAAUGGAGCGCGCGACAGUCGAUUGAAGGAUUUCUACACGAUCGAUUCGGAAAAGUCGAUGGGAAGUUCGGGUGUGUCUCUUUGGCGGGAAGUUGACUUCGAACUGGACUAUCUGCUUAAUGAUGGGCAAUCGUUCGUGCAAAGCAAACUGUAUGGUGCCGAUCUCUUGAUAACGGAUCGUAUGUUGCAUGAACUAAUGCGCUACGAAUCUUAUCAGCAAGGAUUAAACCUUUCACACAGCCAGGACAAGCACUAUGUUCGUAAUCUGGUAGAAAGCGCAGGCGAAAUAUUAGAUCGAAGGUACGCAAAUGAAUGGAAGAGGGUCGUCGACCUUACCGGACGUGGACCGGAUGAUUUGGUGGAUACCUUCAAUCAGUAUAUGAUCGUGCUGGCACGAUCGCAACACGACACGUACACAAAUCCCUUCGAAAUUGUCCAUAAGAACAUGGUACUAGGAAUGGAUAUUGUGACAACGGAAUCACUGUUCGGGUACGAGUCGCAGAUGGUCAAGCAGUACAAUAACAAUAAUGGCGGCAAGCAACAGACGAAAGUAAAGCAAGAACAUUCUGGUCACCAUCCGGAAACUGUUAUCCUACCUGAUACGAGCUCCUUUUUGCAAAACUCGCCCAAACAGAAACAGCCGAUGAUAGCCUUCCCGAAGUAUAAUAACUACAUACAGGAUCGUUCGAAAUUCGAUCGCCAUACAAAAGUGCUUAUUCCGUUGGAUAUGCUGGGCAUAACCGCACCGGACAGGAACGAGAUAGUGAACCAAAUCACGGAGCACCGUGCCAUUUUCACGUACGCCCAAUACAAGGAUGCCGGAGAAUUGUUUCCCGCCAACUUUGAUGAAACAGUAACUCGUCGCUGGGGCGUAGAAAUGCAGAUCGCAAGUAGCGUUUUGUCAAUCGCUAUCGUAACACCAACCACUGGCAAAGAAUCUUACACCCAAACGUUCCCAUCUUCUGGAGGGUUUGAAAAGCCCGGCACUAAUCACGUAGAAACGUUUGCUACUCCACCCUCUACCAAGCAUGGAUCGGAUCGAACGAAUGAAAAGUUAAUGCUAAACGAGAUAAAAAUAUCCAUACACGAUAUGAGCGAUCAGGACGAAGGGUUGGAUACGCUGGAUCAGCAUACGCCACAGGUCCCGAUGGUUAAUACAAACACGGAGCAUGGAGAAGACUUCUUCCACGGUGAAGAUCUUCCCGAAGCGAUGGUUCUAGCUAGAGGAGCCGAUAAGUCUUCUUCAAAUGAACGACUGCAGGAAGAACCUUUCCGGAAGCGACGUCGAAGCAUUGUUACGGCAGCCGAUGAUGAUGUAACAGAGUCGCCCGAGAUGGAUUCGACGUCUCGCACCAACUACGCCCCGCUCGGUCAAACACAUUUGAAGCAAGCGUUAAAACUGCAAAUGUGGUUAAACAUUCCCCGAAAUCGAUUCGUUUCACGCUCCAACCCGCAAUGUGUCCGAUGGAAUACGCAUGCAAACCUUUGGACACGGAUCGGUUGUCAGACAGAGAUACCGAACUACGAAUCUAUCGGUAGCAAUGAUACGAUCGUAGUGAACUGUACAUGCAACCAACUGGCAACGUAUGCUGUGCUGGUGGACAUAAUCGAUCCAGAAGAUAUACCCGAACCGUCGCUACUGGUCCAGAUUACAUCGUACUCAGCAUUUUUGCUUUCCUUACCAAUUCUUUUUGCGGUCAUCAUAUCGUUGGCGUUGCUUCGCGGGCUUCAGACAAACUCGAACAGCAUUCAUCAGAAUUUACUGUUUUGCAUUUUCACCGCUGAGCUCCUGUUUUUCGUAGCCAUUCAGGCUCGUAGAGAUCUGCUGGACAAUGAGUUUCCAUGCAAGUUAGUCGCUAUUGCGUUACAUUACUCUUGGCUGGCUGCAUUUGCAUGGACCACGGUAGAUUGCGUGCAUUUGUACCGAAUGUUAACGGAAAUGCGUGACAUCAAUCAUGGACCGAUGGGUUUCUAUCACACGAUAGGUUAUGGAGCGCCUGCAUUACUGGUGGGUCUUUCCGUCGGUGUACGAGUGCAUGAAUACGGCAACAGUUUGUUCUGUUGGCUAUCGGUGUACGAGUCCGUUAUCUGGUGGAUGGUUGGACCGAUCGCAAUCGUGUCCGUGUUUGAUCUAUUCAUCCUAUUCCUAUCGGUUAAAGCCGCAUUCACGAUCAAGGAUCAUGUGCUUGGAUUCGGCAACCUGCGUACAUUGCUUUGGUUGUCCGUCGUGUCGCUACCGCUGCUAGGGAUUAUGUGGGUUCUAGCAGUACUUUCGGCGUCAGAAAAUUCGCAACUACUCAAUAUGCUCCUAUCAGCGGUGAUCAUCAUGCAUUCGCUUUUCUCCAUAAUUGGCUACUGCAUAAUUAACAAACGUGUGCGCGAAAAUUUGCAUAACGCAUUUUUGCGCUGCAUUGGCCGUAAAGUGCCACUGCUCGAAUCGUCGAUUGCUAUUAGCAAUAGUUCGCAAAACGUAGGUUCACCCAAAACGCCCGGAUUUGCGGGUAGUUCGGGUGGCGGACAGUAUGAUACGGCCAGACGCAAUAUUGGCAUCAGUACAUCCAGCACUACUUCGCGCAGUACGGCUAAAACCAGCUCCAGCCCGUAUCGUAGCGAUGGGCAGUUUAGACACACUUCAACGUCUACCUCCAACUACAACAGCGACGGAGUAGCUUCAUACAUGCGUGGACAUUACGAUGAUAGUGCGCUGCGUAAAAUGAAAAACAGUGGCCAAGGACGGGAAGGGGAACGUCGAAGUCACAGAAGACAUCGCCGAGAUUCGGAUUCUGGUAGCGAGACUGAUGGCAGGAGUCUGGAGCUUGCCUCGAGUCAUUCAAGUGACGAUGAAGAAUCGCGCGUUGGACGCAACAGUAGCACACAUCGUAGCACUGGUGUAUGCAGUACAUCGUACCUGCCAAACAUUACAGAGCAUGUGGCUACGACUCCACCUGAGCUGCAUGUUGUGCAGAGUCCACAGCUAUUCCCGAAUGUUACACCAACCAGAUGGCCAACUCAGAAUGCUGGCAACUAUUUACCUCCUGGAAAUGGCCGUUGGUCCCAAGAAACUGCUUCAGAUAACGAAGCACAUCCUCACAAAUCUCCUACAAACGGUGGCUCUCUUCCGAACCCGGACAUAACAGAAACUUCAUACCUUCAUCAGAACCGCAUGAACAUGCCACCUUCGAUCUUGGAAAACAUCCAGGAAAACUACAACAUUGGCUAUUCAAACACAGAUCUUCACGGUGAUCGAAAUUAUAGUAAUUACGGCAACACGGAUAAUUACGUGCCACCGGAUUAUGCAAAACGGUACGAUUCGCAAGCAUCGGAUAAUCCUUCCAGCACGCUUCCCCAUCAUUACGCAUCAUCGGUGAAUGGCAGUACGGGCGGAACGGUACCAAUUGCCGAAGCACGUCAUACUGGAUCGAUGCAGGUCAUCAAUCACAUGCGUGCCUACCAGCACGAAAAUCCGUAUGCACUGAAAGAAUCGCUUUACGAGCGAUCACGCACGCUUGGCUAUGGUUCCAGUGCUGGUGGUGCCGAGUCACCCUACCACGGGCACCCGCUUGCCACACCCAACGACUUGUACAGCCCGCCCGGCUCGCAUGUGAUGUCAUUCAAAUCGAGUGUCCAAUCGUUGCUUAAAAACGAUUAUCAGCAGCAACAGCGGCAACAACACAAACACCAUCAGGGAGGAAAUGGUGGCGAAUCGGACCGAAUGUCCGAAGGUUCGGAUAAAAAUCCGUACAAUUUCCCGUACACUGCCGAGGAGGACCAUCUGGUGCACAGUAACGGCGCAUCCAGAAUGCAUCACACCGCCGGGAUGGAAAGCAUGGGACAGAUGGAGCACAAUAUUGCUUCGUCUCCUGCGCCACACCCACAGCUAGCUAUGCGGGGACCAGAUGGACUGUCACCUGCACCUUUGCAAUCUAUGGGACAGUUGAAUGGAGGAAACGAUGUAACCAAUGAUGACGACGAAACAACCGUCUAG